AGAUGCCUUUGGUCAUUCUGUCGAAGGCGUAGAGAGUGAAAUGCAAUGGAGGAAGUACCGGUAAGGAGGAGCUGUGGCAGUGUAAGGAAGUUGCGGACACCUCAGCUCAAGCCGGCAUCCUGCUUCAGGGAGAGAAUUCUGGCAGCGUCCCAGUGACCGGGCCAGUAAGGUGAUUGUCGAGGACAUUAUGGAUAACAAGCUCGAAGCUGAGGAGGGGCAGCCGGGGAUACCCAACACUAAGACUGACAACUCGAUUGGUGUGCACAGUCCGGCAGGGCCCUCUUCUGGAAGGGGAAGAAGAAAGUCGGGGGCAAGAAAAGGGGGCAACAAAGCCCCCUGGUCCUGUUCGACUUGCACGCUCCUCAACUCUGCUGCAAGCGAGGAAUGCGCCGCUUGCGCAGUUCCUAAAGUGCAGACCCUGCAAAGUGUCGCAGUAGAGGGCGGGGGGGAAUGGCGGUCUCCGUACGGAGAAAAUGACAGCGUGGCGGGCCCGUCGGUUGUUCCUGUGGGACCAGACUGGGCGUGCGCUUUGUGCACGUUUCAAAACAAGUACGGAGCAGAGGAAUGCGAAAUGUGCGCUCAAGGUAGAGCCCCAGAGGUUCCUUCCUCAAAGCAGACCCAGUCAGGCCCCCAAGCAAGUGGCGAUGUAGAGCAACUAGGCACGGAACAGGACGGAGAGGCUUGGACGUGCGCUCGCUGUACUUGCCAGAACAGGCAUGCGGUGGAGUGGUGUUCAGCAUGCGCACAACCAAAAGCCACAGAGAGUGGUUCUGCAACUUCGAAUCAGCCUGAGUCAUUGGGCCUAGACAAGACCACCUCAAAGGCUCCUUGCUUGGAGCCCCACGCAAACAGGGCUGCAGAACAAACCGGAGCAGUGCCGGCGAAAGCAGAAGUGCUUGUUGAUGCGACAAGCAAUCAUGAACCGGCAAAUGGAAAGGCAACAGAAGCGGGGGCUGAGCCUCAAAACCUUGCACCAACUUCAGAAGCAAGGGAGGUGCCGAGACUCUUCUUGGAGUCAGCAAAGGAACGGUCAGGACCCAGCCUUUUUGAGGAUCAGGCGGGUCCAUCCUUUCUGCUGCAGUGUGGGAUCUGUUCCAGCGACCAGACUUCCGACACGUUCUGUCUAGAUGGCUGCUCCCAUCGCUUCUGCACCUCGUGUUUGAAAGAAGCUGUGCAAAAACAGUUUACUGCUUUGCCUCCGGCUGAGGCUGCCUCAAUCCAGCAGAUCUCGGAAGCGUGUGUUUGUCCUAACUCAAGCUGCAAGACGCCCCUGACCCAGCGAGACCUUAUUCUCACUGCCGGCGAGGAGCGGGCCCGUUCACACCAGCAAUGGCUGUACCGAGUGCUGACUCGAACGUUCGACCAAGAAGGGGCCAGCCCGAAGUGCGCCCGCUGCGGGGAAGAGCAGCUCUCGAGAGUCAAGGUGUCACAGCUGGGUAGCCUCUCGCUAAGAGACUUGCGUAAGGCCCUCAAAGCCCGCGGCCUGGACGCCUCGGGGAAGCACCCCGAGUGCGCACAGCGGCUGGUGGACGUUUUCGCUGCCGGCGCAACCAGGGCCGACGAUCGGUGGAUCUGCAUCGCCUGUCCCGAGUGCAGCUGCGUCAACUGCGGCGCGGGGCUGAGCGUUCCGGGCCACGACUGCCGACAAGCGCUGUGGGGGAAAGUGCACGACGCCGUUGCUGAGCUCGACAAAGCGUACAAGGCGUACCUUGUCAGCUCCAUCAGCCCUCACCCCCAAAAGCUCGGCAAGAAGCAGAAAACGUCACAUAAGGGCGGCAGCGUAUGGGCCGCCGGAACGGGCUAUGGGGGCGCCAGCGACUAUUCACACCACCCCCACUUCUGGGGGGGCAAGCACGGCAAGCACAAGCAGCCCCCGCAACCCCCCCGCGAGAGCGCCGCCGAGAGCAAGGCAAAAGAAGCGGAGCGAGAAGCGGAUGGUCGGCUGGGAAACGCCAUGGAUGCGCUGAGUGCGUGCCUUUCCGGGGGGGUGGGCGAUGGGCUGGUGACGGGUCUGAGCUUGCCCCUGGUUGCGUUGGUGCACGAGUCGGGGGUCCCGGCGAGAGUGCUCCGGGCACUGCUGCUGAACGACUCGAUGAUCGACGUGUCCAAGCGGGGGGCGCUGUAUCUGAAGGCGUUGCAGCUGAUGCGGGUGCUCGGGGCUCGAGAGGAGCUGCUUCCGGUCAUCUGCGAAAGCCCACCGAAACGACCGAAAGAGGUCCCAAAACCCGCACCCACUCCACCUCCUAUACUUGAAAAGACACCGCCGCCGAUUGUAGAGGAGUCCCCUCGGCGCUCCGGCCGGCGGGUGAAGUCGACGGAUCGGAAAGGGAAGCGGAAGCUCGAGGAGGUCGACGAAGACCUCAGCAAGGAUGACGUCAGCGAGGUGGCGGGAACUAGAGCGGAGGAGCACGAGGACGACGUCGAGGGGACGGUGCUGGGCGCGAUGGAGAAGCUGUACAAGCAGGCGUCGGUUGUCAAAGUGGGGCUUAUGGCGGGCGUUGCCGAUGAGGGCGGAAGCGACGAGUUAGAUAUUGGGUUAGUGUGCGAGAUUUGUGACGCGUUUGAGGAGCUGCAGCGCGCGAAGAAGGGCUGGGAGGAGGCGCGCGGCGCCCUGCGGAGCGCGCAGGGUUUUGGCGGGUUAGCACAGGGGUUAGGGGCCGGGGCGCAGGGGUUAGGGAACGGGUUACGACAGGUUUUACUAAACGGUGCUCCAGAAGCAGAAACAGCGGAGGAUGACGAAGAUGAAGACUGCGUGCUUCUGGAUCGGCAAACUAGGAAGGGAAAGAAAGUGGAGGCGCCCGCGCCGAGCCCCGAGGAGCGCGCGCGCGCGCACGCAUUGGAGGUGGUGGCGUACAAGGACGCGCUAAAGGACCUGCAGUUCCGGAUGGAGCCCCUGGUGAAUUCCGGCGGAAAGCCGGACCACUACUUCCGAGAGAAGAAGAACGCGAUCGACAACGGGGGGGUGCACUCGCAGAAACGGAUGCUGGCGAUUAGUAAGGAGAUUGGGAGCCUGGUAACGACGCUCCCCCUGGAAUGGGGAUCGUCCGUGCAUUUGAGGGUGGAUGAGGAGCGAAUGGACCUGGUGAAGGCGCUGAUUAUCGGGCCGGGGGGGACGCCGUACCAGAACGGCGCGUUCCUGUUCGACAUCCUGCUGCCGCCGGACUACCCACAGGUGUCGCCCAAGGUGCAGUUCAUGACGACGGGCGGCGGCCGCACCCGGUUCAACCCCAACCUGUACGCCGACGGCAAGGUCUGCCUCAGCAUACUCGGCACGUGGGCGGGGCCGGGGUGGCAGCCCGGGAAGAGCACGCUCAUGCAGGUGCUGCUCAGCAUCCAGGGCAUGAUCUUCGUCCCGGAGCCCUACUUCAACGAACCGGGUUACGAAGCGCACGGCAACAAGACCGCGUCCCACAGCUACACCCGCAACCAGCGGCGCAACACGCUCCAGCUGGCGGUGCUCGGCAUGCUGCGCCACCCGCCCGCGGUCUUCGCUGACGUCAUCCGCACGCACUUCAAGCUGAAGCGGCGGGAGAUCGAGGCGCAGUGCGACGAGUGGGCCGCGGACGACUUUGCGCCGAAGCCCGCCCCCAAGGCGAAGGGAAAACCGGCAAAAAAGCCCAAGAAGAAAUACCACGGAGUGGAUGAUAUGAUGGAUUGGGAUAGCAAAGAUGAUGCGGAUGAAGAGUUUCUCUCGGGUCUAGUCGGAGCUGCCAUGGGCGGGGCAAUGGGUGGGGUGCACAUCGAUCACGAGACGGGGCGCGGCAGUCCGAUCCAGGCGACGAUGAAGGAGCUUCUGGUAGAGCUCGCCAAGUUGUGAUUGUAUGAUCAUACGUCCUUGAGUUGUGUUUGCUAGUCAGGCUGGUAUGAUCUGCAACAGAAUGGUUCAUAGGUAGAUUGAUUAGAGUGACUGCCUUGUCCCUGGUUAUUAUGGCGGAACUCAAGAAGCCGUAUAGGCUUGAGUUAUAAACUAGUGGGAGCGCUUAAGAAUCUGCCUCUGCGUGCACUUUGUAAAUGGAAUAAUCGAGAGGCGAAGUUGUGUGUCCGACCGAACCAAGUGACGAUUAUCAUAUUGCCAGCUAUCCAACGUACGACUUGGUUCUGGU